GCCCCGCAUUGAGCACCAAAAAGGACUGUCGGGCUUUAGCCCCAGUGAGAAACCAAGCACCCCACAGCAGCUCAUUCCCUGCACCCGCCCUAGGGCGAUGGGGGAGGGAGAGUCAGAAGAGCAAAAGAAUGAACCUGUGUGUUACCUGAGCUCUGGUAUGCGGACGUGUGGCUGUGAAAGAAGCAGGGAGGAGGCAAAGGUUCACAGAUUCAGGAGAGCUGUAUAUGAAGUUUAUUUUUAUAUAUAUAUAUAUAAACCCUGCCUGCAAGAAACGCCUGAAUCAAUAAGGCUCUGAACUUUUUGGCUACUUGUGAAAUCAGAAAAGUUCUGUAUUUCAGUACGACAUUGCAGAGUACAGCUAGAAGAUGAGAGGCAGCCAGUGCUGUCCAGACUUGACUCCUUGAUGCAGCCCCCAAAAGCAUUGUAAAGGUUUUCUCCCCUCCAUGUUGUCAGUUUGAUGUGGAGCCUGGUGUGAACUAAAGACAUGAAGGGACAGAAAAUAUCAUCUCUUCUCAUCUAUUUAUUUUGCAUAGGUUUUACAGAACAGGAAACAGUAACAGGGCUGUUUUCGAAGGAAUGCAUCCUCCCUUGUCCUUUCCCACAUGGGGAUGAUGAAGUAAUUUACUGGAAAAAAGGGGACAGAAUUGUGCACAGCUACUACUACCGCAGUGAUCAACUGGAAGGACAAGACCCAGAUUACAGACACAGAACACACCUCUUCCAAGAGAACAUUCCUAGUGGAAAUGCCUCCUUGAAACUUAGUAACUUGACUGUGACUGAUGAGGGCUCUUACACCUGCUAUGUGGGAACACGGCAAACUAAAAGUGAAAAGGAAGUCACGCUGCGCAUAAGAGUUCCCUCUUACUAUGCACUAGAAUACCAAAAGACAGGCACAAAAAGGACGCUGAAGUGCUAUGCCUUUCUCACUUAUCCAGCACCAAAUAUAUAUUGGGUACGCGGCAAUACACCCAUCCAAGCAACAGAUUGGUACAAAACCAGAGAUGGGGUUCUCUAUUCUCUUAGGAGCGACCAAACCAUUACAAACACAUCUGAUCCUUACUACUGUCAUGUUCAUCUCCCUCAUGAAAAGUGGGCUGCUGAAUGGAUAUUGCAAGACCAACUGUCUAACGUGGAAGGAAGUAGCACUGUAAUUCCUUGUGAAUAUAGCAAUAACACUGCAAACAAUGAAGUUUUCAACGUCAUCUGGACAUUAAACAGAAACGGUGCAAUCUCAGUCCUGGCCUCCUUCAAUGGUACAGCUUACUCUUGCCAGCCUCAAGUCCAGAUGAACCAAAGUGACUUUUCGCUGAUGUUGCGUGAUCUUACUGAAAACAACAGCGGAGAAUAUCUGUGUAAUAUUUCAGCACCUCACUACACAAAACUUACUGUGACAACUUUACAAGUUAAUUCAGGUAACAACUGGAGAAUUGUGGUAGGAGUGAUCGCAUCACUAGUGGUGGUGGUGGUAGCAGUAGCUGCUAUUUUCUGCGUGUCUUCAAAGCCAGAAACACAGAAGGGAUCACAGAAUGAGACGGAGCCUAUGAACACCCCGACAUAAUGAAGAAAAUCCCUCUCUGCACACACAAACACUACUGAGAUUGCUGCUGCAGAGAACAAAGCAUUCCUUCACCUUCCCUAUUGAGUUACAUGAAGAGCCACAUGGAAAUCUGGUUAUCUGAGCAACAGUAACAAACAACUGAACUGAUCAAAACAAAAAAAGUCAAUUGACACUUGUAUGUGAGGAGUCAGCAUGAAAAAUUGGAACUUGGAUAUCCUAAAGGGACAACGAAGAAGUUUCCACAAAAAAAGGUUUGAAGUUUUGAAGGAGAAUGACAACUCACUGUUUUGUACCUCAUUUAGUAUUUUAAUUUCAAGCAAAGACAAAUUCCCUCUUUAGAAGUGGAAAAGCUCUAAGUGAAUGCUCAAUUUCUGAGCCACAGGCAGUCCUGAUAGGACAUGUUCCUCCACAGCACGUCUAAUGUCUCUCCUGCCACUGGUGAACAAAAGUCCUUUGGCUGUCUCCUGGUUUCAGCUGGGAAAGAGUUAAUUUUCUUCACAGCAACUAGUAGGGGGCUGUGUUUUGGAUUUGUGCUAAAAACAGUGUUGAAAACAUGGGAAGGUUUUAGUUGUGCUAAGUGGUGCUUACACUAGUCAAGGACUUCUUCAACUUCCCAUGCUCUGCCAGGUGCACAAGGAGCUGGGAGGGGACACAGCCGGGACAGCUGACCCCAACUGACCAAAGGCAUAUCCCACACCAUAUGGCACCAUGCUCAGCAUGUACAGCUGGGGGAAGAAGGAGGAAGGGGGGCACAUUCAGAGUGAUUGUAAAAGAACAACCUCAACCUUGGAAAGAACUGGUAUUGUAUAUGUUUUAUUAGCAUUUAUCUAGACUCCUUUAAUAUUUAACCUAAUCUUAGGGAUGGGAUAUCUUGGCCAUCAGCAAUUAUCCAUUUAAUCAAGGACAAGCAUUCCCUUUACAAGAAAAUUACGGAAAGUUGGCAAGAGAUAUUAGCCUUAAAUUGUCCUUGCGUAACAUUAAGUACCCUAACCCUUUUUAUCCGUAUGUGGUUGCAUCAGUAAAGACCACAGAGGAAGGCAUGUGCAGAAGAAUCUGAAGCGGAGUGACUUAAUGCCAUUGUGCAACCUAUGUAGAUUAGAAUACGCAUGGACUAUUGUAUAACUGUAAUGAGGUGACCAGCUUUGGUGUGCUUGAUUUGUGGAAAACCACCAAGCACCGAGGCCUGCACAACCCUGAAAUAAAUUAGCAAUGUCUCUCCUGAAUGUAAGAUUAUUGACUCAUUGCACACUGGGCACCGAAUCCACUUUUUGGACAACAUGAUAGUGUUUGUCUUCUCAAGUAAUGGUUACGUAUGAUGGAGCCCUGCUUUUCUGGAGAUGGCUGAGCACCUGCCUGCCCAUGGGAAACAGGAAAUAAAUUCCUUGUUUUGCUUUGCUUGGGUGUAUGGCUUUUGCUUUACCUGUUAAACUGUCUUUAUCUCAACCCACAAAUUUUCUCACUUUUCUGAUUCUCUUCCCCCAUCCCACUGCUAGGGGCAGUAAGCCACUGGCUGUGUGGUGCUUGGUUGCUGGCUGGUGCUAAACCACAACAGGCUGGUAGUAAUGGAAGCUUCUAAACUGACUAGUUGCAUGAAAAAAGUUUACUUUCUGCUCUUCUAAAAACUCAUACAGACUCUGACUGGCAGGGCAGAUGGAAGCUUGGUUAUCCCAGGUUUAACCUGUGGUGCUUUAACAAUCUGCAGAUGAAAUACAUGGCUGUGAACUAUGCUUGGAUUUGCCCUUGGUUUUGAUUUUUGUCAGAGAUCUGCUGAUUAGGAUUUGUUCUAACAUAAUGAAGCAGGCUGUUGGCAAGAUGUGAUCUAUUGAUCCCUGGGGUUUGGCAAAAUAGAACCACAAAUAAAUGAACGGAAUAUACAGUC